AUGUUGUCGUCCUUGUUUCGGCCCAAAAAGGCGCGUCGGCGGGUUGACAGAUCGCCCUACUCUACAGAUAUUGAUAGUGACGAGGGGCAGUCGCCUCAUGCAGGGCGCUACAAGGCAGGGAUGAAUAUGGGACCUGACGAGAAUCAAUCCGAAGACGAAAGUGAAGACGAUUAUGACUAUGAUGACGGGGAAGAAGACGAUGAUGAAGAUGGUGAUGAUACCCCUCUGCUUCCGAUUUUCUCUGCGGCACAUCUAGAUUCCCUUCCCGUCUACAAUAUCACGCAUACCAUACGUAUAUUGAUUGUCCAGCGCUGUGAAACUACAUUGACCUGGGAGCAACUUCGCUCUCCUCAGGUUUCGCAGUUCCUAGUAAAGCCUAUACAGCAACAGAUUCGCACGUCCCAUUUUUCUCGUGCAACUCUAUACGCCUUGAUGGCGAAUUGCCUUCAGUUCAUCAAGGAAUUUCAAACGAAUCCCGGAAACAGUGGGACGAGCAAGACAAGAGCUUUUAUCUCUGAGCUGCUAGCCAUUAAAUUGCUCAAAGAAUAUUCUACCCGAGAAAUGAUUGAUGCUCUCUCAUACGACUUCAAUCCCCUUCAAGGUUUGGGCCCUCCCGUCACUGGGCAUUCGACGCCUGCUGUCUAUCGCAAGGCCGGAGCACCCAGAAUCUCUACACUCGAAAUUGCCAUCAGAGCCCAAGCCAAGCGAUUCCUUGCUCACCCACUGGUGGUCCAGCAGCUCGAAGCUAUAUGGGCUGGCACAAUCGUCUUCCACUCCUAUGCAGAUAGCCUACACCGUGCAUCACCUAAACCAGAAUCCCUUCCUGCCAGAGCCUAUGGUGCGACGGAUUCGAGGGAUACACUACGCCCCAUUCCUGAAGGGAUCAGAGUCGAUGACGCCGUGAGGCCCUCUGAAGCCCCGACUGUCACAUCAAGGCGGUCGGUGACUUUGUACGAUCCACGGGACGCUUCGCUCUUCAAGCUUUCGCGACUUCGAGUGCCCCGCUAUCGACAGUUUCUGUCCACGUUGUCUCUCGCCAUUUUGUUGAUUUUGUUUGUUGCCGUCCUCAAGAAGCGAUCGCCUGAUAUUGAACCGCUGGAGGUAAUCUUUUGGUUCUGGAGUGCAGGGUUUAUGCUCGAUGAAGUUGUCGGCUUCAACGAGCAAGGUUUUAGUCUCUACAUUAUGAGCUUUUGGAAUGCCUUUGACCUGGGCAUUCUUUUGCUUCUGAUGGUGUACUAUUGCAUGAGGCUGUAUGGUAUCCUUAUGCCAGUUGUCAGACGGCAUCACAUUGCCAAUAUGGCGUAUGACGUAUUAGGAGCGAACGCCGUCUUACUUUUUCCACGCGUCUUUUCGGUGCUCGAUCAUUACCGCUACUUUUCUCAGCUUCUGAUUGCAUUUCGCAUGAUGUCUCUGGACUUUAUAGCCGUCUUUAUUCUAAUCCUUAUCGCCUGCAGUGGGUUUUUCAUUGCCUUCACCCUAUCUUUCGGCGAAAAUUUCGAUCCUGCAGGAGUAGCGUAUGCUCUCUUUCAAAUCUUUCUUGGUUUCACCCCGGCUGCCUGGGAACUCUGGCCGACUUAUAACCCCGUGGGAAAAGCAGUGUUAACGCUGUUCCUGUUCAUUUGCCAUUUCCUAAUCGUCACCAUUUUGAUUACGGUCUUGACCAAUUCCUUCAUGGCCAUUGUUCAGAAUGCGAAUGAAGAACAUCAGUUUCUGUUUGCAGUGAAUGCCAUUUCCAUGGUCAAAUCUGAUGCACUGUUCUCUUACAUUGCGCCAUCCAAUAUCCUAGCUUGGUUUCUCACUCCGUUGAGAUAUGUUUUACCCUUUCGCCAAUACGUCAAGCUUAAUCGAACAGUCAUCAAAGUCACUCAUUUCCCGGUUUUAUUCUCCAUCUUUUUCUAUGAAAAGGUGCUGCUACGUUCAGGUUUAUUUGAACCGACGGAUUUGGUUGAGCACCGUGAUCGCAAUGGAAAGAGGACGCUCACCUUUGAAGGGAAUGGCGGCACCCUUUUUGAUCCGGCAAACCGACGAUUGAGAGAGCAUUCAAUUGUGACCUUUCAAAAGGAACGCGCUUUGGACGAAGUCUUUCGUCGACCUUUUCGUGGGCCGACCGUUGUGGAGACGCCGAAUGAAGAAGACCAGCGGGUUAAUUCGAGUCAUGUGGUUAAUUCAUGGAUGCAAGCGAUGGGCCCUGACUGGAAAGCAAGUCCGCCACUUGAACAGCCACAGUCCAUUGUUGAAAGGUUGGAGUCUCGCCGUCCAAUGCCUAGGUUUCGAAUGCCAACUACGACCUCCGCACGAGAUUUUCUCAGCGGGACAAGGUCGGCAACAUCAGAUCCAGAGGAAUUCGCGACCAAUGCUUCGCGUUCAGAGCUGAGGUCUUUUCGUUCUCGCCGCCAGCCUCACAAUCUAGAGAGCAUCAUUUCUGAACAUGUUGCUGAACAUACUGAUGGCGAUGGAGACGACGAACUGUUAACCAACGAUGAAGAUGACCGUGGAACGUUGGGAGCUGGCAACAAUGCUGAGAACAAUGAGUCCGACAAGGAAAAUAAUACUGAGGAAAUUGAUUAUUUUCACACACCGACUGCUUCUCAAACCCGAACUCCUCUUGCGUCCAGUUCCUUUUUAGGUCUUCCUGAGGUCGGCAGUGGUCCAGCGCAGUCUUCCAAUGAGGGCGUUUCUCCGCGACAGGUUGAUGACGCUUCAGCCGCUGCGCGUAAGUCCCAUCACCGCAUGGCUUCAACUACCACGAUUCUCUACUCUCCGCUACCUGAUCAUGAAAGCUUUACUGCGUCCCCGGUCCAGACGUUCUCUAAGCCAGUAUCACGCCAAUCUGCGGCGGGAAGCGGUGCCAUCACUCCCGCAUCUGGAAGUAGACGGCCUGCCAAGCGCAAUCGUGAACGACAGCUUGAAAAUGAGCGAGAGCGAACUCCUCUAAGAUCUCUUCCUCGGCCGAUUCCACUCUCCCGUACACAGUUCCAAAGCGCCCCUAAUCUGUCGCAGUUGGAGCAGCCUCAACGUUACCGCCGUCGUCGAGCCUCGACUGAUCUUGGAUCCGACUUUGGUGAAGAACGUCUUGCGCGAAACCCAAAGACUGCCCAGAUGCUAAGCGCCGUGCCGUCGAGCUUUGCAACCCAAAUGGCCAUUGCAACUGGUGCCGUUGGUGGCACACAUCACGCAGAUGCCGCUGAAGACCUGCGCAGAAUGAGCCGGCUGAUGCUCACCCGAAUGAAUGCUCUUGAAGAAUCGUUCCGCAACGUUGUCCAGGAAGUCAAGGAUUGGAAGCGGCAAGAAUUUCAACUCCUCGCAGAAGAUAACGAUGUACGUCGUCGUAGCCUCGACCGACCGACUUCUCACAAACGGGGUAAACUUCCCGAGCGACGAUAUCCCAAACGCGCGCGGUCAUCGGCGAGAAAGCUUCGAAGCACAGGCGAUGCUAGUCGGAGACACAGCGACGAAGGCGACGCAGCAAGAGAAGCCGGCGAUGGAACUGAGGCGAGCAUGACUAAGGGCAGUUCCAUCUAA